CCCCCGCCCCGCCCCCUCCCGCCCCCUCCCGCCAUUGGUGAUCGCGAGAGGCGACAGAGACCGCGGCCUCCUCCAGCUCCUUCCGCCUGCGGGGUUCUCGUCGCCACAUCCCCGCGUUAAAAAUUAACAAAGAAACUUCGCUCCACUCCGCCGACACCUCCCACCGCGAGCAGCUCUCUCUCUCUCUCGCCAUCGCCGUCAUGUCGAGCAGCAUGAUGAACAUCUCCAGCAUGCGACGUCUCGUCGAGCAGCUCCGUGUGGAGGCGAACCUCGAGAGAAUAAAGGUGUCGCAGGCGUCCGCGGAGCUGCAGCAGUUCUGCCUGGAGCACGCCUGCAAGGACGCGCUGCUCAUCGGCGUCCCCGGGGGCACGAAUCCGUUCCGCGAUCCCCGCUCCUGCUCGCUGCUGUAACCCAGCGGAUGCCCCCCUCCCCCGUCUCCCCCCACUCCCCCCCUAACCUGAGUCCUCUGCUCAGGACUCCGUUAUCGGUCUUUCCCCUCCCUCGUCUCAAAAGAAAACACGAACCGAGCUUCCGAGUGCGAAAUCCAACAUCCGUGCUCGCAGUCGUUUUUCCUUUUUUUUUUAUAAUUCGGGCCGAGUUUUGACAGCGACGUGUACCCGAGUGGCAAUGAUGUUUCCUGGUGGUAAUUGACGGCCGAACUGGUGGGGGGGUUGGGGGGUCUCUGUGGGGUACGGGCGGAGCGACGUGCGGGAAUAAUUUCUCCAAGUGCUCGCUCGCACGCGGCGGCGAUGUCACGUUUUCUUGUUUUGUGCCCCCGACCCCCCCCCCCUUGCCGAGAAGUGCACGCCUGCCCGUCGUGUGUUUGCCUGAAAACAAGUGUGUCACUCUCCAGCGCAGAUCUCUAACCGAAUGCAUUCUUUCAAAUUAAAUAACAGCUUCGAUAUCCCAAGUUCUAUCGUGGCCUUGGGAGGGUGCUGAUUUUUAGCGUUGUGCCUGAUUAUCGGCUUCAUUGGGUGGCUCGGUAGCCAAGUGGUGGUAACAGCACUUGGCCAACGAGCCAUCUUGUAACUUCUACAGGCAGUUAGAAUGAGCCCCUGUCCGUGAGGAACCCCGCAACGUCGUCUAGCACAAUGCUAAGCCAUCGUGCGCCAGUGACCCCUGACCCACUGUCAUUUCCCGCCAUGACCACUGUUGACUUCCUUCAGAGUGGUACUCGUUUUGAUCGGCGCCAAAGGGGAAUGAUAGGUGACAUUUUUCCACCCCGCCGGACCUACAAACCGCAUCCCCUUCCCAUUGUGAAUUGAGCAUUCUGACCAUACCACCGUCAAGCCAAGUGUUUGAAAAUUAUCCCCGAUUAAAUUGACAAUAACGUCUCCGUAUAUUUCUCUUUAAUAGUUCACUUGAAAAAGAGGGUCUCGUCUACACCAGUGGUGUCUUAGUUGUGGUUAAAUUAAGGACAAUUUCUAAGCAAGUAAUUUAUUGUGGAUAUCUCCCUCCAAUUCCCAGCUAGCUUAACUUGGUUAAAUAAUCAAAAGCCUGUCAUACUAAACACACUUGUUUUCACGCAUAUUUUAUACACGUAUAUAUAUUCACGCAAAUAUAUACACACACACGCACUUACAUUCCAUCUGGGAUGUUGCCCAGAGCAGUAGCGUAUAAAUGUAGCAAUGAAUCUGCAACAUUCAGAUUUAGAUCGGUGUAAAUCGAGAUGAUAUAUAGUGUGCAUAACCAGUUUACGUCUUACCAGUCUGCCUUCCGUAGGCUUUCUACAACCCUGCCCUUGACGGCUCUUGCGAUGGUUUUUCAACGCUUGGAAGUGAAAAGGCCCUCCUCGCUGUGAUCAAAACAAGGCGCAGCACGGACGGGGUAGAGCAUCCUUAUACUGUCGAUGAUUGCUUACAGUUUUUCAUCCCCAGUGACUCGUGGACCGUGUUAUGGGUGGUCGUUUUGCCUGUGUCGAGAGACCCCAAUAGAAAAAAAAAUAGACAUUUCACGUAUUUGUGUUGAAUGUGGGAUGCCGGCUGAGCGUCUCCCUCCGGCCCCAUGAAACGGCGUGCAAACGUUAAUUUAAAGCCUCGCGUUGUUUGAUCAAUCGCUCAUCCGAAGGCGACGGCCGUGAAGGUGUUGCGAUAGAUUUGUGAUCGUCGGCACGAUCCCUUACGCUCGCGUCCUUUCUCCACGGUAACCUGGGGGACCAACUUUGUGCCAAAUGUAGCCCCCCCCCCCCCCCUGUGCGAUUCCACUUAGCCCUUGUUUCCCACGGCACGUUGAGUCGUGUACCGUACCAGAGCUGGACAACAGUUAGAGGGCAAGCCCACCCUCUUGUUGAAAUAAUAAUACUGCUGCUGCUGUGUGCCACGCCCCCUCUUUGUACCCUGUAAACAGUCGCGAUGCCAAGGGGGUUCAGCACUGCAGCGCGAGUAGGGAUGUAACGUUUCACCUCCUACAGAAUCGAUGAAACAUUGAGAUUCGAGGUCACAGUUUGGUUCGUUAGACGUGUCCGUGCAGUGCAUCUGGUGUUUUAAUGGAUGCGCGCGGUAUGCACGGACGUGCAGGAUUUUCCACGAAACCAAUUACAUACAACAUGUAUGUGAAUGAAUAAUAAUAAUAAUAGAUGCUUUCAUGCACAAUUUCAAGCACGCACCACAAUUGUAGGAAUCAACUUUGACACGCGGAUCAUUACAUUCCUCGGCGAUGUGCUCAAAUCCGCAAUGUCACGUUCCUGCACUCCCCAUAAUCACCUACAAUCAUACACAGUGAAGGUCCAUGCCUUCCUGGGCUUGGAUUCUGUGCCGUGGGGGUGUAGCAGGAUGGGGUGGGAGGGUGGAGAGCGAAAGGAAAAGUGGAACAGCGCUCGUGGAUUGUUGUAGUAGCCGACUUGCCUCGGCUCCGUUCUGGACCUGUACCAGUACCAUUUGGCCAGUGCCGGACUAAUCUAGUGUGGGGCCUGUGGCAUAUGCUGUAAAGGGGUCCUACAUAAAUAAAAAACACAAAUAUUUAAAUGUUUAUAGUAAUAGAGCAAGUGCAGGAUCACUGAACCGAAAUUGAUAGCUUGAAAGCAUUUAGCGCGGGGCCCUUGAAAGUGCG